AGACUGAGUCUGAGGACAGGAAUGCGACUGCAGGGGUGCAUGACAUUAGUCUCAGGACGGGGCUGGAGAGUAGGUUGGAGGUAGGGUUGUGUGUGCGCGGGGAGUGUGUGUGCGUGUGUGUGUGUGUUGAGGCAGUCACAAACCGCCUGUAGAAGGGCCCCUAGCGCCAGACAUUAGUACUGGCCUGGCUGAUCACUCCUACUAUCGGAUCCACAUCUCGACCAGCGCAGUGUUGUCGAGCCUCAAACACGGUCAGGCGUAUAUGGACAGGCGGCCGUAGCUCCGGGGUCCUCCGCUAUCUCCACCCGUGCGCAAAACGGACUACGCAUCGGAGUCAUUUCGGCACACAUCUGAGCCCCCCCCCUUCUCUCUGCGUUCCGGUGCCUCCGCUGCAGGGCCUCUUCUUCAGUUUACAGAGGAAAAGUGGGUGUUUGCUGCUCUCACUGGUGUUUCGGCAGCGGCGUGUCCUCGAUGGCUGGCUGGAAGGACGGCUCGGUGCAGGAGAAGUAUCGGCUGGUCGUGGUCGGAGGCGGCGGUGUCGGGAAAUCAGCCCUGACCAUCCAGUUUAUUCAGUCCUACUUUGUCACUGACUAUGACCCCACUAUUGAAGACUCCUAUACCAAGCAGUGUGUCAUUGAUGAGAGGGCGGCCAGGCUUGACAUCCUCGACACGGCUGGACAGGAAGAGUUUGGAGCCAUGAGAGAACAAUACAUGAGGACAGGGGAGGGCUUCCUGCUCGUCUUCUCAGUCACUGACAGAGGGAGCUUUGAAGAAAUCUACAAAUUCCAAAGACAAAUUCUCCGAGUCAAAGACAGAGAUGAAUUUCCGAUGAUCCUUGUAGGAAACAAAGCAGACCUGGAACUACAGAGACAAGUAACCCAGGAGGAAGGCCAGCAGCUGGCCAGACAGUUAAAGGUAACAUAUAUGGAGGCAUCUGCCAAAAUCCGAAUGAACGUAGAUCAGGCUUUCCACGAGCUGGUUAGAGUAAUCAGGAAAUUCCAGGAACAGGAAUGUCCACCGUCGCCAGAGCCUACGAGAAAAGAGAAAGACAAGAGCGGCUGCCAUUGUGUGAUCGUCUGAGUCGGCCUUAUCACUGUAACUCAUGCAGCUACUCGACCACCCCACCCACUCUGCCUGACAUCACAUCCUUACGGGAUGACUGACCGCUGCCUUCUCCACGUGCAUGACUUCAGACAGCCUUUUCUGAGAUACUCUGACCAGGAACUGCUGUCCCCAGGACAUCGCUAUGGACAACUGACAAUGCCAAAUUUUAACACCACUCUACCUUCAGCUGUUAUCUAAUUCACACGAGAGAGUCCCAACACUAAACAUUGCCUUCUAAAUCAGCCUGACAAAUUAAUGUUUUGUACUCUGAAGGACUUCUCUUGCCUUGUAGUGACGUUUGUACUUGCUACCGAGAUUGAAUGAAAACUAUAUAUCCAGAAUGUUAAUGACUUUCGUUAGUGGUCUGACCAGAGCAGAGAGAUUACCUUAUGAAGCUUUGUGUAUGUUGUGCCAUAUCCACCGUUACGCCCAUGUGCUAAUCUGCUACUGUACAUAUGUGACAUUUGUUGUGAUUUUCAAAGUGUAUUUCUAAUGACCUAUUAAAUCACCACAGUACGGUGUGUGAGGUUGAGUUUGGUUUUACAUAUAUGAAAGUGAUUCUAUAAGUAUGUAUAUAAAUAUGCCUAGACAGACCUUAAAGCUAUUAUGAUAGAAGUUUCUGGCAUUCUGCAGUGGAUAUUCCCCCCCCCCUUUUUUUUUUGUGGGUCCUGCUUUUCAUUUAAUUUUCCAAAUAUGGAGCAUCUGCUGUAUUUCAUUUGGCAAAGUCUUAUAGAUUCACUGAUUCUUCUCUUAUACCAUCUUUUAAAGUACCCAAAGUAGCAAAUUUGCCCGAAUUCUUUAGUCUAAGGUGGCGGUUCAGUCAGCAAUGGACUUUUUUUUUUUUUUUUUUUUUUUUCUUCAGAGUUGCUAAAAAGCAGUAGAGGUAACGUUAUUGGUAGAUUAUUGUAUAGCUUUGAAAACUAACAUGAUUUCUGAUUGAAACACUGAAAACUGUAUGCUCUGUACUCAACUUAAAAAAACAACAACAAUGAUAUCAUUGCAAAUCAAGACACUUUCAGAAUUCAAUUCAGAUCAUUCCUGUGUAAUGCAUCAUUUCUGUCAAACAUCUAGCCUGUGAUAUAGAUAACUGUUGGCGCAAUUCCAGUAACACAGUGGCAAUGUAUUUGUUUUGUGUCCUUGAAUGAUUCCGUAUUUUUCCCCCACAAUCGUCUGCCAUUCGGAAAACCACGACAGAUGGACGCAUGGAGACGCACAUCAUAAGACGCCCCGUUUCCAACGGGACACAAAACUCACCGGACCUGCCACCUGUGGAUCAAUCAUCACCACAGACACAAAAUAAUGUUCUGCCUUCCUCUUCCCACUUCUGUACUUCUGUUCAGGCUUUCAAAUGAAGUACUGAAGUUUGUUUUUCAUACCAUCAUCUUGUGAUAUAAACAAGAAAAAUCAGAUGAUGGGAGUGAUGGACUUGUUUCUACUCUACUUUUAUACAUUAUUUUCUUAUCAAACUAGUUGACAAGUAUUUUUAUAUGUUUAUAAGUGAAUACAUGUUCACAGCGAGGCUGUGUAUAUAUGUAAAGAAGAGUAUUUAAUUCUCUUGAUUAUUUUAAACUGAAGAUGACUGUUGGCCCAAAUUUGCAAAAUUGGAUUCCUCCUCCAGGUGUGACCAAGAAUGUGUUUAUUCCUAUUGUGGCUUAAGUAAUGGAGAAUAUAUUUAUCUUGAGGCAUUCGCCACCAGCUUGGAGUGUGAAAUGCCUGAUCAAGUAGGAGAGGGUCUUUGCAGAGGAGCUUUAAAUCACAAAUGAAUUUUAAUCACUGAGAUUUGAAAUACCCACUUCCCAUCUUACUGCAAAUCCUAGUGUGCACUCAAAUCAUAUGAUUAUUUUUUUCUUCCACGUCAGUGUCUUUUGCCCUGUGUCUAGCUUUUGGUGCUAAAAUAAAAUCUGUCAUUUAGCGA